CAGUUUCCACAUCUGCUUACUCAUCACCAGCCAAAAGUUUGGGAGACCCUGGAAUAACUCCACUGUCUCCAUCACACAUUGUGAAGGACUCUGAUGCAGAUGAUGCUGUAGAACAGUUAUUUCUUGUUGUUGUGGCUAUUGAUUUUGGCACAACAUCCAGUGGCUACGCCUACAGCUUCACCAAGGAACCAGAAUGUAUUCAUGUAAUGAGACGAUGGGAAGGUGGAGAUCCAGGCGUAUCCAAUCAGAAGACACCAACUACUAUUCUCCUAACACCAGAGAGAAAGUUUCACAGCUUUGGGUAUGCAGCAAGAGAUUUCUACCAUGACUUGGAUCCCACUGAAUCAAAGCACUGGUUGUAUUUUGAAAAGUUUAAGAUGAAGCUACAUACCACUGGUAAUCUUACCAUGGAGACAGACCUGACAGCUGCAAAUGGCAAAAAAGUCAAAGCACUUGAGAUAUUUGCUUACGCACUGCAGUUCUUUAAGGAACAGGCAUUAAAGGAGCUCAGUGACCAAGGAGGCUCGGACUUUGAAAACACUGAAGUAAGAUGGGUCAUUACAGUGCCUGCUAUUUGGAAGCAGCCUGCAAAGCAGUUUAUGAGACAAGCUGCCUACAAGGCAGGAAUGGCAUCUCCUGAAAACCCCGAGCAGUUGAUCAUUGCCCUGGAACCCGAGGCUGCCUCUAUCUACUGCCGAAAGCUCCGCCUGCACCAGAUGAUAGACCUGAGUAGUAGGGCGCCUGUCAAUGGUUAUAGCCCAAGUGACACUACUGGAACUGGAUUUACACAGGCUAAGGAACAUGUCCGUCGUAAUCGACAGAGUCGUACCUUUUUGGUGGAAAAUGUCAUAGGAGAGAUCUGGUCCGAACUGGAGGAAGGUGACCGUUACAUCGUUGUUGACAGUGGAGGAGGCACAGUGGAUAUGACUGUCCAUCAGAUCAGGCUCCCUGAAGGACAUCUUAAGGAGCUAUACAAGGCAACAGGUGGACCAUAUGGUUCUCUAGGUGUGGACUACGAAUUUGAAAAGCUCCUGUGUAAAAUAUUUGGAGAAGAUUUUAUUGAGCAAUUUAAAAUCAAGCGUCCUGCUGCCUGGGUAGAUCUGAUGAUAGCAUUUGAGUCCCGUAAACGGGCAGCAGCUCCAGACAGGACCAAUCCACUAAACAUCACUCUGCCUUUCUCCUUCAUUGACUAUUACAAGAAGUUUCGAGGUCACAGUGUAGAACAUGCCUUGAGGAAAAGCAAUGUGGACUUUGUGAAGUGGUCCUCCCAGGGAAUGCUGAGGAUGAGCCCGGAUGCAAUGAAUGCUCUUUUCAAACCUACAAUUGACCAGAUUGUUCAGCACCUUAGUGAUGUGUUUGAUAAGCCAGAAGUGACCAAUGUCAAGUUUUUGUUCCUGGUGGGUGGCUUCGCUGAAUCACCCUUACUCCAACAAGCUGUCCAGAAUGCUUUUGGUUCAAGAUGUCGAGUCAUCAUUCCUCAGGAUGUGGGGCUCACUAUCCUCAAAGGAGCUGUUCUCUUUGGUCUAGACCCUGCUGUCAUCAAAGUGCGGCGUUCACCUCUCACCUACGGUGUGGGUGUGCUCAAUCGAUUUGUGGAAGGGAAGCAUCCACCAGAGAAGCUUCUAAUCAAAGAUGGUACACGCUGGUGCACUGAUGUCUUUGACAAAUUUAUCUCAGCCGACCAAUCUGUAGCCCUUGGAGAAACUGUGACACGCAGUUACACACCUGCCAAACCUUCUCAGUUAGUAAUAGUGAUCAAUAUCUAUAGCUCAGAACAAGAUAAUGUCAGCUUCAUCACCGAAUCUGGAGUGAAAAAGUGUGGCACCCUUCGCUUGGAUCUCACGGGAACUGAUGCUUCAGUGCCAAACCGGCGGGAGAUCAAAACACUUAUGCAGUUUGGGGACACUGAAAUCAAAGCCAUGGCCGUUGAUGUUGCCACCUCUAAAAGUGUCAAAGUUGGUAUUGAUUUCUUAAACUACUAACAGCCCAUUAUCCCCACCAAAGCCUGUUUGUGAGACUGAUCUUCCACUAUGCCAUUUUUUGACUUUCAUAUAUCACGUAAUCAACUUGAAUUUCAGCAGGCUAUAGGAGAACAGCUAGUAAGGUGGGGUGUGUCAUGUUUGUGCCCCUUGAUGACCAAAGACUGGAUUUUGAAAGACCCUUAAAAAGUUUUGGGAGCAAAAGUUCCAGAGGUAGUAGAAGUUCCCAAGUUACUCAAGCAUGCUUAAAGAUCUACCUUUAUUAAGUAAAUACUUAUUAUUGUUGGGUCCUGAAGAUUAGUUAAAAAGAUAUAAAAUCAUAAUCUCUUUGCCUUGUUCUUGUUCUUCUUCCUCUUCCUCCCAAGAAAAACUCACUAACCCACGUGGUUGUUGUAGGGGGCGUAUCUGUGUGGGGUAUCUGUUUAAACGGCACUAUCCUCUGGCAAUGGGAACAAAUUAGCAGUCUAUAGUAUUCUUUUGUUCCUUUGAUUUUGCCCUGUGCUUUCAAAAUUUUAAGUGCUGAAAAUCAAUGACUUAAAGAAGUGGGAACUGAGUUUCUUAAAUUCUGAGAUCCCACUGAAAAGAAAAUCCUCAUAAAUCCUUAAAAUUAGAUUUAGGGGAAAAAAAAUAUUUAUAUUAGGAGCCUAAUACUGAUUGCUCCAGUUUGAAAACAAGGCCUUUAUUGUCAAAGCUCUCAGAACUAGCUGUUGGAUUAAAUAGCUAGCAUUACCCUCAUUAUACUUUGGAAAAUUAUUACGAACAAAGCUAUUUCCCUUUUUGGGUCUUCUAAACUUACUUUAUUAGUCUCCAUCUGAAAUCAUAGAAUCACAGAAUAGCUGAGGUUGACUACCAUUGACUAUCUGGUCCAACCUCUCAGCCCUAAGCAGUGUCAGCUAGAGCAGGAUACUCUGUCCAGUUUUUAAUAUCUCCAAAGAUGGAGAUGCCUAAACUUCUCUAGGCAACCUGUUCUGGUAUUUGAUAACCCUCACUGCAAAAAAGUUCUUUCUUAUGUUUAAAAGGAAUUUCUUGAGUUUCAAUUUGUGACCAUUGCCUCUUGUUCCUUCACUGGAUACCUCUGAGAAGUCUGGCUCCAUCUUCUUUACUGUCCUCUAUCAGGCAUUUAUAUACAUUCCUAGCGUCCCCUGAGCUUUCUUGAGUCUAAACACUCUCAGCCUCUCCUCCCAUGACAGAUACUCCAAUCCCUUAAUCAUCUUCAUGACCCUUUGCUGGACUCAGUCCAGUACAUCCAUGUCUCUCUUGUACUGAGAAGCACAGAACUGGACCUGGCACUCCAGAUGUGGUCUCACCAGGGCUGAAUAAAGGGGAAUAAUCGCUUUCCUUGACCUGCUGGCAGUGCUUUUCCUAAUGCACCCCAGGAGGCUAUUGGCAUUCUGUGUGGCAAGGGCACAUUGCUGGCUCACGCUUAACUUUUAUGUCUACCAAGACCCCGAGGUCUUUUUCUGCCAAGCUGUUUCCCAGCCAGUUGGCCCGCAGCAUAUACUGGUGCAUGGGGCUGUUCCUCCCCAGGUUCAGGACUUUGCACUUCCCCUUUGUUGAAUUUUAUGAGGUUCCUGUCUGCACGUUUCUCCAGCCUGUCGAGGUCCCUCUGACCCAUCUGGUUUAUCAAGCACUUCUCCAAGCGAUUAUAUUUCUUUUUUUGUUAAUCCCUGUGUUAAGAUUUGGAAGUACCGUUAGAUGAUGGCUGUCCAGGAAGAUUUAAACAACUUAAAAGAGAGAAAAUGUCCAGAUCAAAAGUACCGUAAUAUAUUUUGAGUGGCAAACAUUUUAAUUGAGUAAAAUAUAUUUCUGGGUUGAGUUGAAUGGCUAGUAAAGUGGAAGGCAGAAGCCAAGAGAAUGAAACUACCGAUAGCAUUAAAUAAAGCAUUCCUUACAUGGCUAUGAGCACACAACUGUAACGCAGGUGAAAUACAAUGAUGGUCAUGGUAGCAUCUUGUUUUCCAAAUAAUAAAUUUCUGGAAAUGUUUUCUUAACCACAUUCACCUGGAAAAUUUCUUCUGCAACUGGAACAGUUUUUAUUUUGCAAAACGCUACAGGUGGACAACUUCUGAAACCUACACUCUAUGUCUGCUAUGAACUGACAGCUUCAGAUUCAAAUCCAAAUCCCACUCCAAAUUGGCAGACUGAUGCUAAUCUGUAGAAUCACCCUAAAAUGCUGACACUUUCAGAAAAUUUAUACAGAGCUGCCUGAUUACCUGCUGGAAUUCAGUACAUUUUUUGAAACUUUGCAAUGUUAACUGUUAAACUAAACCCUCGUUCCUAAUAAGUUGAGCAUGAGUUAAAUCCAUUACUGACACUUUUGGGAAAUGAAAGCUUUAUCAAUUAUUUUACUAAUUUACGUUCCAAUCCUGCACUUAAGCUUUCUGUGUUUAGCCUGGAGUUUUGCCACAGUAAAGAGCUGCAGAACUGGUCUACUGCAUUUUGCCAUUCAGUUUUCCA